ACAAGUAGGUAGAGGUUGAAACAUUUUCCUUCCGAUAAUAAUCGCCAUUCAGUUCGGUCUGCCCGGACUGUAACGUGUACUAUUCUUGUUUGCCAUCGUGGAGGUUUUUCUCCUAUAGAUUCCAGCUAAUUUAGUGUUUUGGAUAAUUUUUGGUGGAAUUUUUAGCGACACCUCUGGAUAAGCGGAUAUAAGGAAGCAAUUUCUCAAAAACCUUUUGGAAUAUCACAAGUCUACACCCUUGCCGUAUUCAGCUCGAUAACCUGACGGAAAAAUGGCUGAUGACAACAAAGGACUAGUUGCUGGUCAUCCCCCAGCAGUAAAAGCCGGUGGAAUGAGGAUCGUUCAGCACAAGACCCCGAACGCGGAACGGCCUGGCAAAGAUCCAGUGGAGGUCAUUGGACUGUCGAACCCAGCUCCAAACGUAAACACCGGCGAGGUAGUGCAGAGUGCCACCUCCACCAAGCAAAACGAACACUCCGUGGAGGCUAGUCAGGUUGCGCACGCUCAGAAACCACCGGUGCAGGUUCCUCAGAAGCCGGUCAACAACAUUCAACAGCCACGCAAAUGUUGAAUCCGUGCGAACCGAUUUCAAUCCAAUGUACGCAAGAGGAUGUGUGCAAUACGUACCUUACCAACAUGCUUCUUCUUAAAUAGGCUCAUAAUUGAAGCGCCCAAUCCGCAAGGUUUAUUUUCAUGGGUUUUCGCACAGACAGGUUCUGUGGAAAUGUUUUUUUUUUGUACGUGAUUCACGUACUUUUUUGACAGUUCUUUUCUUAUUUUUUCCAUUUUUGGUUUUGGGAUUGAAUUCAAAAUUAGCGUAUCAAAAUUUAAAAACUUAAAAAUAUGCUUUUUUCCUUUUUUUAAUCAAUAUUUAAUUUAUAAUGCUUAUUCAAUACGUCAUUUAAUCGCCUACUCAACAAGUAAGUUUCAAAGUUGUUUACACAAAUAAGAUCAUCUUAAAAAUAUAAAAAUAAAUUUGUACAAGUUCUUCUUUUUUUGGCAUUUUUGGUGGAAUUAAAAUUUAAAUUCAAAAUUAAAAUUAUAGCAUAAGUGUUACGAGUUUGAAUUGUAAUAAGAGAGGGAUGUUAAGAAAAGGAAAGCGCGUUCAACGUAGAUUAUCAAAAUUAAGAACUGUAUUAAAGUUGAAAUUUUAACCCAUAUAUGAUAAUGAUAAUAAAGGAUUUGCUAUUGAUGAAGUAGCUUUUUAAA